AUGAGCAAUGCGGUGAAGUCGGCGUUAGGGGAUAUGGUGAUAACCUUUUUCUGGGUUAUUCUCUCGGCGACGUUUGGGAUACAGACGGCGGCGAUUAUUUCCGCCGCCGGAGUUCAUGGCAUGGUUUGGGCGCCUCCGGUGAUCUCAACGUUGGUUGUUUUCGUCUCCAUCUCCAUUUUUACGGUUAUUGGAAAUUGUCUCGGUGGAGCUAGCUUCAAUCCUUGUGGAAACGCAGCGUUUUAUACCGCCGGUAUUUCAGGAGAUUCUCUCUUCUCUCUCGCCAUUAGAUCUCCGGCUCAGGCAGUUGGUGCGGCAGGAGGUGCGAUAACGAUCAUGGAGAUGAUUCCGGAAAAAUAUAAAGCUAUGAUUGGAGGAAAGCCUUCAUUGCAAGUCGGUGCACACAAUGGAGCUAUUGCAGAAGUGAUUCUAAGUUUUUGUGUUACAUUUUUGGUUUUACUAAUUAUCCUAAGAGGUCCUCGGAAACUACUCGCAAAAACUUUCUUGCUUGCUAUCGCUACCGUCUCAGUGUUUAUAGUCGGAUCUAAAUUCACUAGACCAUUCAUGAAUCCUGCCAUUGCAUUUGGGUGGGCAUAUAUAUACAAGUCUCACAACACAUGGGAUCAUUUCUAUGUGUAUUGGGUCAGCUCUUUUACUGGAGCUGUUUUAUCCGCCAUGCUCUUUCGAAUUCUGUUUCCGCCGCCACUUCGAGCUCAGAAGAAACAGAAGAAAGCCUGA